AUGCGUGCAGAGUUGGAUGACAACAAGGUAUCCAGUGUACUGACACCCACACCCAACUUUCCACGCAUUUCAUUCACCCUUAUCCGCCGAUUAGCGUGGAUGGCUAACAAGAGAAUAGUACACGAAAAGGCCAAGGUUAUCGUUGGAAUAUGUUUAGCACAAGCAAGUUACUUGUCACCUGUAAAUGGAAAUGGUUAUUCUCUUAAUGGAAAUGGAAUAGGCACCAAUGGCAAUGGAUAUACUAAUGGCGUGAAUGGCAAUGGAUAUGCAAACGGUGUAAAUGGCAACGGAGUUUACAGAAACGGGAACGGGAAUGGUGCAUAUGCAAAUGGUAAUGGUGUAAAUGGGAAUGGAGUAUAUUCAAAUGGCAAUGGUGCAUUUUCAAAUGGAAAUAGAGCUUAUGGAAAUGGGAAUGGCAACGGUGCAUAUUCUAAUGGCAAUGGAGGCAUAAAUGGUAACGGUGCAUACAUCAAUGGAAAUGGCAAUGGAAUCAGCGUGUUCGCCAAUGGCGUUGUGGAUCCCUUCCGAGCUCUGGCCGAUGCCAUUGGCGGCGGAGGCGUCCCAGGUGUGGACUACCCCAUCCUGGCCUUCGUCCCCGCCACCGGCUUCUCCUGCAACGGCCAACUGCCUGGAUAUUACGCUGACACUGCUCCCGAGGCCGGCUGCCAGGUGUUCCACAUCUGUCAGGCAGGAGGCAGGAUCGACUCGUUCCUUUGUCCCAACGGCACAGUGUUUAAUCAGCAAUACUUCGUGUGCGAUUGGUGGUACAACUUUGACUGUUCCACGGCUGAACAGUUCUACGGAUUGAAUGCUGAGAUUGGUAAUAUCAAUGGAAAUGGGUACACGAAUGGCAACGGUUACACCAACGGCAAUGGAAAUGGUUACAGUAAUGGUAAUGGUAAUAGAAAUGGCUACGCCAACGGUAAUGGUAACGGAAAUGGAUAUACCAACGGCAACGGCAACGGUAAUGGUAACGGGUAA